CUGUGCAGGCUGCCAUCCUGUCUGGGGACAAGUCAGAGAACGUGCAGGACCUGCUGCUGCUGGAUGUGACCCCGCUGUCGCUGGGCAUUGAGACGGCUGGCGGGGUCAUGACGGUGCUGAUCAAGCGCAACACCACCAUCCCCACCAAGCAGACCCAGACCUUCACUACCUACUCUGACAACCAGCCCGGGGUGCUGAUCCAGGUGUAUGAAGGAGAGCGUGCUAUGACCAAGGACAACAACUUGCUGGGCAAGUUUGAGCUGACUGGCAUUCCCCCUGCUCCCAGAGGGGUCCCUCAGAUCGAGGUCACCUUUGACAUCGAUGCCAACGGCAUCCUGAACGUGUCUGCUGUGGACAAGAGCACUGGCAAGGAGAACAAGAUCACCAUCACCAAUGACAAGGGCCGGCUGAGCAAGGAGGACAUCGAGAGGAUGGUGCAGGAGGCAGAGAAGUACAAGGCAGAGGAUGAGAAGCAGAGGGACAAGGUGUCCUCCAAGAACUCCCUCGAGUCCUACGCCUUCAACAUGAAAGCCACCGUGGAGGAUGAGAAGCUCCAGGGCAAGAUCUCUGACGAUGACAAGCAGAAAAUCCUGGACAAAUGCAACGAGAUCAUCAACUGGCUGGACAAGAACCAGACGGCCGAGAAGGAGGAGUUUGAGCACCAGCAGAAGGAGCUGGAGAAGGUUUGCAACCCCAUCAUCACCAAGCUGUACCAGAGCGCAGGGGGGAUGCCCGGGGGGAUGCCUGGGGGCUUCCCCGGGGGUGGAGCCCCUCCCUCGGGAGGAGCCUCCUCGGGCCCCACCAUCGAGGAGGUGGAUUAAGGAUCCCAGGGGGAAAUGCAUUCCACGAGCAGUUGGUGUUGGAGGAGACACCCCCAGCCCGGGGGUGGCACUGAAGGACCCAAUCCUGUAGGCACAGCUGGGUUUGUUUUUUGCCAGAUUAAUAACUCCAUAACUGAGCUGCUGUAAAAAAAAAAAAAAAAAAAGAGAGAGAAAAGAGAGGAAAAAAAAUUAAAAAAAUGAACAAAAAAAGCAUUUUUUUUUUGUUUUCUGGGCAUUUUAAAUACUUGAAAGUGUGCGCGCAGGUGGGAGGUGAUGAAAACCAUUGCACUUUACAGUACUGUAAAUGAGUGGGAAUGCAAUUCAUGUCCUAAAGAAUAAAAACUAUUUAAUGGGCAUCA